CAUCGUCUGCUUCGAAUGGCUUCGAAGCUGCAUUGAAAGGAGCAGCGGCUGCUGUGUCGGGAAAUGACCAUUCAUAAUUUGUACAUAUUCAGCCGUAAUGGGGCCUUCCUCUACUACGACGAGUGGAAGAGGAGCAAGAACUCGGGCAUGUCGAGGGAUGAGGAGGCGAAACUGAUGUACGGAAUGAUAUACUCACUCAAGUCUUUCGUGGCCAAGAUUGCCCCUGCGGAUUGCAACGACGGCUUUCUCAACUUCAAAACAAACAAGUACAGGCUGAACUUUUACGAGACACCGUCUGGCCUGAAGUUCAUCAUGAACACGGACACCAACGCCAGCAACGUGCGAGAGCUUUUGCACGACAUUUACCAUCAGGUCUACGUGGAGUAUGUUGUCAAGAACCCAGAGUGCCAGCUGGGCAAGCCCAUCACGAGUGAACUUUUCAAGGAACAGCUGAAUGCCUUCAUUCUCAAGUCGCCACUGUACAAGUGAAAACAUGCAUUUUAUUCACAUCUGCCUCUCCUUCAAUGGAGGCUCGCCCUAGGACGGCUGCGCCUGGCAAACACCUUGAUGGUUCCACCAAAGUCCGCACUGAUGAUCACAUAAUUGCCCGUUGCGGGGCCCUCUG